CUGGGCAUGAUUGUAAAAGCCGGUAGAGUAACACGUGGAGAGGGGACCUGGCUGUCUCAAAUCAGACCUAGCGGGGUCCACAGGAGGUGAGUAUGACAGCCAUAUCACGUCAUGUGGAACGUUAGAGUACAUGUGUUCUGUAAUGGUAUAUAGCAUGCUUUAAUAAAAACUGCUCGCUAUCAGUGUGAUCUUAGUAUGAGCUGGCACUAUAUACACACACUGAGAUUGUCCUAUAAAGUUAUACUAUAUAUAUAAUAUUAGUUAUAUACAAUAUAAAUAUGUAUAAAAUAAAAGUAAUCCUGUAUUAAAAUUAUAUAUAGUAUAACUUUUUAUAUAUAAUAUAGUAUGAGCUGGCAUAUAUAUAUAUAUAUAUAUAUAUAUAUGUAUAUAUAUAUAUAUAUAUAUAUAUGUAUAUAUAUAUAUGUGUGUGCGCCAGCUCAUACUAUUUCAUUACCCCUACUUUUACCCUUUGUGUCAUUAUAUCCCACUCCCUGUAGCAUGUAAGCUCAUUGAGCAGGGCCCUCAACUCCUGUUCCUGUGCGUCCAUUUGUCUGGUUACAAUUACGUGUCUGUUAGUCCACAUGUACAGCGCUAUGGAAUUUGCUGGUGUUUUAUUAAUAAUAAUACUAAGAUCACACUGUAUUAUAUAUAUAUAUAUAUAUAUAUAUAUAUAUACACACACACACACUGACAUUGUCCUGUACAGUCAUACUAUAUAUAAUAUUAAUAUAGUAUUACUUUUAUAUACAAUAUAUGUACACUGACAUUGUCCUAUACAGUCAUACUACAUAUAAUAUAGUAUUAGUGUGUGUGUGUGUGUGUGUAUAUAUAUAUAUAUAUAUAUAUAUAUAUAUAUAUAUAUAUAUAUAUAUAUAUAUAUAUACUGACAUUGUCCUAUACAGUCAUACUAUAUAUAAUAUUAAUAUAGUAUUACUACAUAUACAGUGACAUUGUCCCAUAAAGUCAUACUAUAUAUUAUUAAUAUAGUAUUACCUCAUAUACAUAUUAUAUGUUUAUUAAUACAGGUAGUAAUAUUGUAUACAGUAUGACUUUAUAGGACAAUACCAGUUUUUAUAAAGCUUGUAUUUGUUAAUUUUUAUUAACUCACUAAACUGUAAUGAAUUGAAAAAUCCGGAUGGCAAAAUCUAGGCCAGAAAUGAUGUCUUGUGGGAAAAAAUAUCUCAAACUCCGUUUAGUAUAGUUUUGCUUAGCUACAUUUCAGUGUUUAGAAAAUAAACCUCAGCUCUCUGUUUUGGCUAGUGUGCACCUGACUGACAGACCUCCCAAAUGUCUCGUAUCUGACUUGGUGUCCUGCUUUUGUGGACACUAGAAAUCUGUGCUCAAGGUGUGUAGUUUGAGCAUAUCAUUAGUCUGCCCACGUCCUCUCGGAGUGGGCUUGUCCUUUUGUGCAGUGGUAGUGACAGAGGUGUCCUAUUUCCUACUUCUCAAUUUUUGGAGCUAUGAUCUAAAACAAGUCUUAUUAGGCUUGCUAUGUCUUACUGUGAACAAAUCACGCUUUAGAAUGGUUCAUGAGGAGCAUUGCUGCACUCGAGAAGUGGAGUGUAUGUCAAAAGUAAGUCACUUAAAGGAACACUAACACUUCAAAAACACCAUCUAGUAUGGAAACGUGCAUCCAUUUAUUUCUGCAUGUUGUCAUUAGGAUUAUAUCUAAAAUCAGCUUGCAAAAGCUGCAGACCUCCUGUCUGCAGCCCCUGAAUGCACUCAUUAUGACAUGGGGAGACAGUGGCUGGUGUGCUGUAGCAGAGCUUGCUUGCAACUUGCGUUAGCUCAGCGAAGCUAACAUAAGAAGAAGAUAUCAUUACCUGCUGUUAGUUUGACAUAUGGCUUGGCGUUUCUUAAUCGGUUUAUAAAAGUGCCAGUUUCUCAGCAAAAUAGGCACUUCUGUAAUGUGCAAAGUAAAUUGGAUACUCCUUACAUAUAGAGUACUCCUGCAAGUUGAAGUGAUUUAUGUAUGUGAAGUGGCCCUCUUUAAUAAUUUAUAUAUCCUCGAGAUACCAUUCUUAUUUGAGCUAAUGACUUUAAUCCAGCAGAGUAUUUAUCCUAAUCAUACCUCUCAACUGACCUGCUUUCACUUGGACACUCCAGGCUUUGGGAUCGUGUCGCACUUCUGGGAACACUAGAAAGCGUCUUUCGAAAUUCUAACAUUAUUACAUUGUUAGAUGUUCUUGGCCUGUGCAAAGUACAUUCAUAGGUUUUACCACUAUGUGAGCACUUCACCAGAGCUCAAUGCAAUGGGUGCAUAUGAAAUUUAAUGUCUCAAAAUUUUGGAAAAUGUCAUAAAACAAAGAUGACUUUAUUAUUAACACAAUUAUUUUUGGCAAAAAGGCUGAGCUAGAAGCAGUAUCUGCCAUUACAUCUUUCCAUUUCCCAUCAGAUACCAAUUUGCAAUGCUAGAUUGGAACACUCUUAUACUCUGCCGUGGCAAUUAUCAUUACUCCGUUAUCAUUUUUUAAAUAAAACAAAAACGAAAUGAUGCUAUAAUCUAUAUGUUUGCUUGGAGUUGUCAUUCUAGAUUAGAGUAUUCUGUCAUUGUGCUAACAUUUUGGGUCCUUGGGUAUCGUCAUGCUGCUCUUAAAAGGCAAUUUUGUUAUCAUUUAUAUCACGCCAACUUAUUCUGCACCACUUCACAAAAUUUGAAAGGAAAAUAAAACAGCAGCUAACUGACAAAAAAAUACAGUUGCAAGAAAAAGUAUGUGAACCCUUUGGAAUGAUAUGGAUUUCUGCACAAAUUGGUCAUAAAAUGUGAUCUGAUCAUCAUCUAAGUCACAACAAUAGACAAUCACAGUCUGCUUAAACUAAUAACACACAAAGAAUGAAAUGCUGCCAUGUUUUUAUUGAACAUACCAUGUAAACAUUCACAGUGCAGGUGGAAAAAGUAUGUGAACCCCUAGACUAAUGACAUCUCCAAGAGCUAAUUGGAGUGAGAUGUCAGCCAACUGGAGUCCAAUCAAUGAGAUGAUUGGAGGUGUUGGUUACAGCUGCCCUAUGAAAAACACACACCAGUUCUGGGUUUGCUUUUCACAAGAAGCAUUGCCUGAUGUGAAUGAUAACUGGUAGGGAUCGACCGAUAUUGAUUUUUUUAGAGCCGAUACCGAUAAUCUGCGAACUUUCAGGCCGAUAGCCAAUAUCUUGCCGAUAUUCUGUACAUUUACUAUUUUGAAUAAAUAAACUAAUUCGAAAGGUAAAUGCACAAAAUAUACAUGCCACAUGUAGUGGAUGAAGUGUGUUUAGACAGGGGAACUGUGUUUGUUUGUGUAGUGUGUGUGUGUGUGUGUAUGUAGUGGAUGCAGAGUGUGUGUAUAUAAUGCAGUGUGUUUAUGUAGUGUGUGUAUAAUGCAGUGUGUUUUUGUGUGUAUGUAAUGCAGUGUGUUUUUGUGUGUAUGUAAUGCAGUGUGUGUUUGUGUAGUGUGUAUGUAAUGCAGUGUAGUGUGUGCAGUGUGUGUCUGUAAUGCAGUAUGUGUGCAGUGUGUUUGUGGUGUGUGUGUAGUGUGUGUAUGUAAUGCAGUGUGUGUGCCUGUGUAGUGUGUAUGUAAUGCAGUGUGUGUGUAUGUAAUGCAGUAUGUGUGCAGUGAUGUAAUUUGUGUAAUUUUUUAUUUUAAUAUUUUUUAUAAUAUUUAAAUGUUUUUUUUUUGUUUAGUCUCCCCCCAGUGUGUGUUUGUGUAGUGUGUGUUUGUGUAGUGUGUAUGUAAUGCAGUAUGUGUGCAGUGUGUGUGUAGUGAUGUAAUUUGUGUAAUUUUUUAUUUUAAUAUUUUUUUUAAUAUUUAAAUGUUUUUUUUAUUUUUUGUUUAGUCCCCCCUCCCUGCUUCUUACCAGGGAGGGGGAUAUAGUAUUCCCUGGUGGUCCAGUGGCUUGUUAAGUACAGUGGUGGCUCAGCAGCAGCAAGCGCUGACUUACCUUGCAAGCAGCUCCUACAGCUCCCUGUGUAAAUCUCGCGGCUCUUAGUGCCGCGCGGAGCGUUGCCAUGGUAACCCGUGGCAACGCUCUGCGGCCGCGGGUCUCGCGAGAUUUACACAGGGAGCUGCAUGCAAGGUAAGUCAGCGCUUGCGGCUGGCCCCCACAGGACCGCCGGGCUUGUAAUGGGCCCAGCGGUCCUGUUAUAUAUUAUCGGCAAUAUCGGUAUCUGAAUUGGCCGAUACCGAUAUUGCCGAAAAUACCAAAUAUCGGCCGAUAAUAUCGGCCAGACCGAUAAUCGGUCGAUCCCUAAUACCUGGCACAAAAGAGCUCUCAGAAGACCUACGAUUAAGAAUUGUUGACUUGCAUAAAGCUGGAAAGGAUUAUAAAAGUAUCUCCUUGCUGUUCAUCAGUCCACGGUAAGACAAAUUGUCUAUAAAUGGAGAAAGUUCAGCACUGCUGCUACUCUCCCUAGGAGUGGCCUUCCUGUAAGGAUGACUGCAAGAGCACAGCGCAGACUGCUCAAUGAGGUGAAGAAGAAUCCUAGAGUGUCAGCUAAAGACUUACAAAAGUCACUGGCAAAUGCUAACAUCCCUGUUAGCGAAUCUACAAUACGUAAAACACUAAACAAGAAUGGAUUUCAUGGGAGGAUACCACAGAGGAAGCCACUGCUGUCCAAACAAAACAUUGCUGCACGUUUACAGUUUGCACAAGAGCACCUGAAUGUUCCACAGCAGUACUGGCAAAAUAUUCUGUGGACAGAUGAAACCAAAGUUGAGUUGUUUGAAAGAAACACACAACACUAUGUGUGGCGAAAAAAAGGCACAGCACACCAACAUCAAAACCUCAUCCCAACUGUGAAGUAUGGUGGUGGGGGCAUCAUGGUUUGGGGCUGCUUUGCUGCAUCAGGGCCUGGACGGAUUGCUAUCAUCAAAGGAAAAAUGAAUUCCCAAGUUUAUCAAGACAUUUUGCAGGAGAACUUAAGGCCAUCUGUCUACCAGCUGAAGCUCAACAGAAGAUGGGUGUUGCAACAGGACAAUGACCCAAAGCAUAGAAGUAAAUCAACAACAGAAUGGCUUAAACAGAAGAAAAUACGCCUUCUGAAGUGGCCCAGUCAAACUCCUGACCUCAACCUGAUUGAGAUGCUGUGGCAUGACCUCAAGAAAGCGAUUCACACCAGACAUCUCAAGAAUAUUGCUGAACUGAAACAGUUCUGUAAAGAGGAAUGGUCAAGAAUUACUCCUGACGUUGUGCACGUCUGAUCUGCAACUACAGGAAACGUUUGAUUUGAAGUUAUUGCUGCUAAAGGAGGUUCAACCAGUUAUAAAAUCCAAGGGUUCACAUACUUUUUCCACCUGCACUGUGAAUGUUUACAUGGUGUGUUCAAUAAAAACAUGGCAACAUUUCAUUCUUUGUGUGUUAUUAGUUUAAGCAGACUGUGAUUGUCUAUUGUUGUGACUUAGAUGAUGAUCAGAUCACAUUUUGGCUCUGCUCAAAAGCGCUUCCAAUCUAGUUCAGUUGCUAAAUGGGGCAGACUCAUAAACAAGAGACAAACCUUUGCUGCAUGCUAUUUUUUAUUUAUUUGCAAGUGUGUUUCAUCGUGAUGGGUACCUAGCUCUCUGCAGUCAUUUGAAAGUUGCACUAUUGACCCCAUGGACAUUCAGUACCAGGUGGUAGAUCCACUUGCAAAGCUAUCACUAAACAACUGUUACGUUUUUAAAACUGUUUUCAUUUAUAUACUGUACAUCAGUGUUUCCCAACCCAGUCCUCAAGGCACACCUACCAGUCCAGGAUUUAGGGAUUACCCAGUUGUGUCUAAGGUGUUUUUUUUUUCUUCUUUGUAAAAACACCUUAGACACAACUGGGUAAUCCCUAAAUCCUGGACUGGUAGGUGUGCCUUGAGGACUGGGUUGGGAAACACUGCUGUACAUGACACAUAGGGUAGCCUACGUUUGCGAUUUUACAAAUGCAGAUUUCUUACUGUUUCUUUACAACUCAAAGCUUUCAGAUGAAUAUAAACCUCCAUAAGAAGUUCUUUUUACCCAUAAACUCUGUUCGCUUCUUAACCCCUUCCCGACCGAGGACGGUUCAGGACCGUCAUCGGGAUUUUCCCAUUGAGGACCGAUGACGGUCCUGAACCGUCCUAACGGUUUCCGUUACUUACCUGAUCGCCGUCGUUCCCCCGGCGGCGAUCAGCGUUGCUCCCGGUGUGGGGAGACUGCCUGCAGCCCAGACAGUCUCCCCACACUGAUUUAGGACCCCUGGGGCCAUGUGAUCGCUUAACACAGCGAUCACAUGGUCACAAUGGGUGUCCAUAGUGCUGCCUGCAGGGGGACUGCCUGUGCUGACAGGCAGUCUCCCUGCUAGUGUAAAAUCAGAAAAAAAAAUAAAGUUAGUGUUAAUAAAAAAAUAAUAAUAAUUAUAUAUGUGUAUAUAUGAUAUAUAGACAUAUAUUAUAUCUACCGUAUUUUUCGCUCCAUAAGACGCACCUCACCAUAAGACGCACCUAGUUUUUAGAGGAGGAAACCCAGAAAAAAAAAUAUUCUGAACAAACUGUUCCAUAGUGUUUCUUACCAUGGGACAGUUUGUUCAGAAUAUUUUUUUUUCUCCCCUGUCCCAUAAUGAUCUUAAACCCCCCUUUCCUCUGUCCCAUAGUGAUUGUUAACCCCUCCUACCCUGUCCCAUAGUGAUUGUUAACCCCUCCUACCCUGUCCCAUAGUGUUCUUUUUGAAUCCCUCCCUCCCCUUUGGUCCAUUAGUGUUCUGAUCCCAUAGUGUGUCCCUCCCAUAGUGUCCCCCCCUGCCCUUGUCCCAUAGUGUCUCCCCCUCCCCUUGUCCCAUAGUGUCCCCCCUCCCCUUGUCCCAUAGUGUCUCUCCUCCCUUUCUCCCAUAGUGUCCCCCUCCCCUUUUCCCAUAGUGUCUCCUCCCCUCCCCUUGUCCCAUAGUGUCUCCUCCCCUCCCCUUGUCCCAUAGUGUCUCCUCCCCUCCCCUUGUCCCAUAGUGUCUCCUCCCCUCCCCUUGUCCCAUAGUGUCUCCUCCCCUCCCCUUGUCCCAUAGUGUCUCCUCCCCUCCCCUUGUCCCAUAGUGUAUCCCCCUGUCUUGGAGCGUGGGCCGGCUUCACAGCGCGCUCCGCGGUCCAGGAACUAAUAUUUCAGGUUCCGGUUUCCGGCGGGACUGAAAGGAAGUGUGCACACUCAGUGUGCACACUUCCUUUCAGUCCCGCCGGAAACCGGAACCUGAAAUAGAAGUUCCUGGACCGCGGAGCGCGCUGUGAAGCCGGCCCACGCUCCAAGACAGGUAAGUAAUUCUUCACAUUCGCUCCAUAAGACGCACAGACAUUUCCCCUCACUUUUGAGGGGGGAAAAAGUGCGUCUUAUGGAGCGAAAAAUACGGUAUAUAAUAUAUGUCUAUAUAUCAUAUAUAUAAUGCCAUACUAAGUGUAUUUUUAUAUUAAUAUGUACUUAUAUUAAUAUAAAAAUACUUAUAAUUAAAUUACACACGUGUAUAUAUAAUAUAUAUAAUAACUAUAUAGAUUGUAUAUAUAUAUAUAUAUAUUAUUAUAAAAUAUAAAUAAGUAAUUUAAAUUAAAUUUUUUUAAAAAUAAUAAUAAAAAAUUUUAAAAAAAUUAUAUAGCUAUAUGAAAUUUUAUUCUAACUGUAUUUUAAAAUUAAUAUAUAUAUAUUUAUAUCAAAAUACACUUAGAAUGAAUUUGUAUAUAUAUCUAUGUAUAUAAAAAUAAAUAAAAAUAAUAAGAAAUAUACAUAUGUCCAUAUACAAAAUUACAUAAAUAAUUAUAUAAAUAUACACGUAGACUUCAAAUAUAUAAAUAUGCAUAUAUAUUUAAAUUCUACGUGCGUAUUUAUGUAAUAUUUUUACAUAAUUCAGUAAUUUUAUUGAUUGCAAUUUGAGGGACCUGCCUGCCAACCCAGGCCGAAAUUCCAGAGAAUUUAAUUUGCUAGCACUGUAUUUUACCCUGUAACGUUCUACGACACCCUAAAACCUGUACAUGGGGGGUACUGUUUUACUCGGGAGACUUCGCUGAACACAAAUAUUAGUGAUUCAAAACAGUAAAACCUAUCACAGCGAUGAUAUUGUCAGUGAAAGUUACUUUUUUUGCAUUUUUCACACACAAACAGCACUUUUACUGAUGAUUGUUGAUACGUUUUCCAGUUUUUAAACACUAAUAUAUGUGUUCAGCGAUGUCUCCCGAGUAAAACAGUACCCGCCAUGUACAGGUUUUAUAGCAUUUUUGAAAGUUACAAGGUCAAAUACAUGGGUCAAAUAUUUUUACAUUGAAAAUGGCCAGGUUGGUUACGUUGCCUUUGAGAGCGUAUGGUAGCCCAGGAAUGAGAAUUACCCCCAUGAUGGCAUACCAUUUGCAAAAGAAGACAACCCAAGGUAUUGCAAAUGGGGUAUGUCCAGUCUUUUUUAGUAGCCACUUGGUCACAAACACUGGCCAAAAUUAGCGUUCAAUUUAGUUUUUUUACUUUUUUCACACACAAACAAAUAUGAAUGCUUACAUUGGCCAGUGUUUUCGACUAAGUGGCUACUAAAAAAGACUGGACAUAACCCAUAUUGAAUACCCUGGGUUGUCUACUUUAAAAAAAAUAUGUACAUGUGGGGUGUUAUUCAGAGAUUUAUGACAGAUAAUAGUGUUACAAUGUCACUAUUGAUAAAUUUUAAAAAUGCAUGUUUUGAAACCGCAAUAUCCUACUUGUACCUAUAGCCCUAUAACAUGCAAAAAAAAGCAAAAAAGCACGUAAACACUAGGUAUUUUUAAACUCAGGACAAAAUUUUGAAUCUAUUUAGCAGUUUUUUUCAUUCGCUUUUGUAGAUGAGUAAAAGAUUUUUCAAGUAAAAGUCAAAAAACAUGUAUUUUUUUCAAUUUUUCAUCAGAUUUUUUUAUUUUUUUUAAAUUAAAAUACAUGAGAUUAUAUAAAUAAUGGUAUGUAAAGAAAGCCCCUUUUGUCCUGAAAAAAACAAUAUAUAAUUUGUAUGGGAACAGUAAAUGAGAGAGCGGAAAAUUACAGCCAAACACAAACACCAGAAAAGUGUAAAAAUAUUCCUGGUCGCAAAUGUACAACAUCGCAAAAACAGUCCAGUCCUUAAGGGGUUAAAGGAACACUGUGGGCCCAUAACCAUUUAAACUCAUUAAACUACUUAUGGUGCCAAACUGUGAUUUUUCACAGUGAGAAGCGCCUCUAGUGGCUGUGAGACAGCCACUAGAGGCUGGAUUAACCCUAACCUGCAGGGUUAAACCUAGGGGGACUUGGCACCCAGACCACUUAAUUGAGCUGAAGUGGUCUGGGUGCCUAUAGUAGUCCUUUUAAGGUACUCUCUAAAUGCCAAAAAUACUUCAGUUUAAAGAAACACUCCAACCACUUCCAUUAGCUCUCCUGAGCCAAACUUUAUAGUAUCUGGUCAGUUCAUUGAUUGAGAGCUUCAGCUGGUCACUCUCAGCCAUUAAAGUCCACAAGGAGGGAUGGUGCCUGGCAGACUGCAAAUAAGGCAUCAGACUGUUGGAAAAUGUUUAAUUACAGUGAAGGGGCACCAGGGCACUCCUUGGGCCAUAAACUCUACAGAGCAGGGUAGUGGUUAUGGUGUUUGUAAUGUUCUUUUGAAGGGAUACUGUAGUGCCAGGAAUACAAAGCUGUAUUCCUGGCACUACCGAUCCCUCUGCAUACCCACUCACUCGCGCCCAACCCUCCCCGGUAAAUAAAAGGUUAAAAACAGGUGCAAAAGGGACACCGCACCCAGACCACAUCAAUGAGCUGAAGUGGUUUGGGUGCCUACAGUGUACCUUUAAACAUUGUAAUAUAAGUGGCAUUCCAAUCAUGCUAUAGAUUUUAGAUUUCUUGGAACUAAAACUCUGCUUUUACACAUCAGUAACUAAUAAACUACGAAAAAACCAUGUACCCAAAAUUAGAAUGCUAUAAUUAAUGCAAAAAGACAUACUUUCUCUUUACUUAUUGCACAUUUAUUUAUAUAUAUAUAUAUAAUUUUUUUUUGGCGUACUCUAGAUGUUUAAAGGGACAUUAUAGUCACCUGAAGUACUACACCGUAAUUUAGUUGUUCUGGUGAGUAUAGUCAGUUCCUGCAGGCAUUUUUAUGUAAACACUGAGAAAAUACACUGUUUAGAUUGCUUCCUAGGGACACCUCCAGUGCCAGUCACUCAGACAGCCACUAGAGGGGCUUCCUGGGUGACAUUCGGCGUUUCCACACUCUGCACGGAGGCGCUGAAUUUUCCAUGUACAGAUACAUUGAUUCAAUGCAUUUCUAUGAGGAGAUUCUAAUUGGCGCAGCGCUGUUUUCACACGCAUUGCUCAUUAGCCUCCCAGUGCUUCCUAUGGAAAAGCAUUGGAUUGGCAGCAGAACUGGAAUAAAGUUAAGUUUUCUACUUAUUUAUGGGGGGGCUGAAUAGUGUUAACACUUUAGGGUCCGGAAUACACGUGUGUUUUUUUUUUUUUUUGUUCCUUUUUAAAGUGUCUGUAUUAUGGACUAAUGCUGGGACAUCACCUAGCAGAAUAGUUUUGUUGCCUUCAUUGCGAUCGUUAAACUGGUAGAACACCUGUAGACUCAAGUUUUAUUAGUAUAUAUAUUUUAGCCUUCUGGACAGAUGUCUAUUUAAAAUAAUACAAACGUUACCUUGGAGAUGGCAGAAGUAAUCUGCAGGCAACUUUAUAUUUUAUCUAUAAAUGAUAUGGCAGGUUUGCUAGAAAAUAGUGUGUCUUAUCUAUCGUAUAACUUGAAACUGAUUUUGCUACAGAAAUGCGUAUUGUUAAAAAUAUAUUUAUGCAUAUUUCUUUUGUGUGAUUCGUGAAAGACUAUGCUUUGGGGAAUAUUAAUGUAGCCUUAAAAAAUGCUAAAUGGGUAAAUGUUUUUUUUCAAUCAUAAUUCAAACCAGUAAUUUUAAAUUGUAUAUAUCUGUUGGGAAAAGUAGUGUAAGCUUAACUCAUACCUAAAACAGUAUCUGUCACUAUAAUACUUCAUUGCAACAUUUACAAAACAUUUUCUUUUCUUUAUAGGCUUCUAUAGACAACCAGUUGUAAAAUAUUCCAAAAGAAGCCAUUUUAGAUAAGAUGAAGGACUUUGCAUCCACGUCUAGUAAUUUAUACCAUGGGCUUACUGAAAGCAGCCAACACAUGACUGUCCCUCAUGUACCCGCUCCUUUGGACCACAUGCAAAUUGGUUGUGUUGGUAAUCGCCGGAAAAGUAGAAAGCAUCAACGGUUUUUGAAACGAAAGGAAUUACUGUGUGGGCUGCAUAGUAUGAAAGAAAAGAGCUACAAAGCGUUUACUAAAAGUAAUACAUGUUCCAUGGUCAGUGGUGCCAGUCAGUUCGGCUUCAAAGAGAAAUGUGAGAAAAUAAAUGUAGAAAAGCAAUCAGAAACAGUUGGCAAGAUCAACACCAUAUCUAUCAAACUACCAGAAAUGUCAGGAUCUUUAUCUAGUGAUCUUUUGUCAAGUGAUGCUGACUCUGACAGUGGGCUGUCAAUGACGGGCAGUUGUGUUUCAAGCAUGCCUGCCUCUCUUACCUGGAUGAAACCCGGGAGGUGUGUUGCCCUUGACUGCGAGAUGGUGGGUACUGGUCCUGGUGCAAGAACCAGUGAACUGGCUCGGUGCAGUGUGGUAAACUACUAUGGGGAUGUUUUAUAUGACAAAUAUAUCUUACCUGAGCUGCCAGUUACAGAUUACAGAACUCGAUGGAGUGGCAUCACCAGACAUCACUUGAAGCAUGCUAUUCCAUUUAAGACUGCUCAGAAGGAGGUAACGUAUUAAAGUAUAACAUGUAUAGUUCUAUUCCUAGCACUAUCGCCCCCUAUGUCUUUAAACCCCUCCCUCGACAAAAAGUCGCCUAAUCUCCAGGAAGUGCCUCUAGUGGCUGUUUGCAGGAACUGCAAUAAUUACAAUUGAAGGGUCACUGCACCCAGACCACCACAAUGAGCUGAAGUGGUCUGGAUGCUUCUAGUGUCCCUUUAACCUUUUGCUAUUGUGUUUUUGACAUAGAAGUAAAGAAGUCAGAAACCUAAAACAAGUUUUUAGCUACUAUAUUGUAAAGGUAAUCUCCAUGGUACACUAACUGCUGAAGUUUCACUUCUCAAUUAAUUGGAUUUUUCAAGUCGGUAGUUUUUAGCCUUCAUUUUAUUAAAUUUCCAUUUACUGCAAUUCAUUGUCAAAUUUAACCCUCCCUUUCCAAUCAACAGUAGUGUGAUUAUUGCUUGGAUGCUACUGUCCUGACAGCAUAACGCGCGUGUAAAAUAUUAACAUUAGAUUAACAGUUAAUAAUUCUGGGAAGCACUUGUCACUGGUAUGACCUGCUCCAUAAACUGUUUCCAAUAAGAAAUGGGCCUUCAGCUUAUCCUAUACCUGUGUAAGAUAGAACCUAAAAUCCAUAUAAGGCUGUGCAGAUUUAAUUAUAAAUUUCCUUUAGCAGUUAAGUUUGUUUUGGCCGGUAUUUGUACCUUUAUGGAAUAGUUCACCUCUCAGAAAAUCCAUGUAAUUUGGAAAUGUGCUUUCUGUUUUGUUGAUCUAUUCCAUUAGACUGAGGCCAAAUUCUGUGACUGAGUUCUAGUGACGUGCAGCUUAAUGCAUUCCAUUUUAGCAAGCAACAUUCUAUUAUAAUAAUCAGCAGUGCUUGGGCAUUUUAAAGGGUAAUUAUCAGCGUUUGUUUACUAGGCAGUUAGCAAAGUGAAAUGAGAUUGGAAAGUCACAGGUAGGAGAGAGGAGGUAGGUGUUAAAAGUUCUGGCAUUUUCAUUUCUCUCAAGCUUGAAAGAAUAACCUAGGCAUUAAAAUACCAGUCAUGACUGUGCAGAAACAUAGCACUUUCAGCUUUGGUGACGAGCAGAAAAACUGCUUUGGCAUGGGGGCCAAUCUAUCCCAUACAGCAUCAAUCUCCCCCAUCACUUGGGGUUCACAAGCAUAAAAUAAAAGACUUAGUCUAGUACAGGUAUAGGCUACCUUCGGCACUCCAGAUGUAAUGGACUACAUCUCCCAUAAUGCUCUUAUACCCAUAAUGCUGGCAAAGCAUCUUGGGAGGUGUAGUCCAAAACAUCUGCCAUGCCGAAAGUUGCCUAUGCCUGGUCUAGUAUAUGUUUGCAGCUGCUAAGGACUGAUUGGAGUUUAUCAGCCUCUCAUCUCUCACUCAGUGGAUAUAUAUUUUGGCAGUACUAAUGUGUCAUUUUACUUUUAGAUUCUGAAUCUACUAAAGGACAACAGAGUUGUCGGACAUGCCUUGCACAAUGAUUUUAAAGCUCUAAAGUACUUCCCUCCCAAGGACCAGACACGGGAUACCAGUAAAAUGAGAUUGCUGAAUAAAAUGGCAGGAAUGCCAGCAAGACAAAAUGUCUCCUUAAAAAGGCUUGCGUUGGCUCUGCUAAACAAACACAUACAGGUAACUAAUGAUGUUUAACUAAUGAAUAUAUACAUUUUAUUUUUAUUUUUUUUAUACAUGUUUUCAAUAUAAAAAGUAAAGUGGGUAUAGACAUUUAUUUGGAGGAGGGUUUAUAUUUAAGAAUUCAUCCAGUUGAAAAUUCUGAAAGGUAUGAGAUCCCAAAAAAAAUUAAACAUUAAAUAUUAAGACCUGCAGUGGUUAUGGUACUGCGGUCUUCUAUUCCUUUCUCAAUAGCUGAGCAUAAGUGAUUAUAACUGCAGUUAGGGUAUAGAGGAAUAGUGUAGAUGAAUGCAGCUUCCAAGACAAUUCUCCCAAGCAAGUAAAAUAUUCCCCAAGCAUGAGCCUAGACUUCAUGAAGGGUAUAACAGGAAUAAUGUUUUAUUGAUGCCACACUGGCUUUUAUGGGAAUCCUCAUGCAAGAGGACCUCCCACAGUUAACAAAGGAAAUAACCAAUCAGAGUACAGGUUUCCAGUGACACACUCCCUCCCUCUGCCUGGGAGAUUCUGAGAUAAGUUAAGGAAUAACCCAAUUAUCUCCAGGCAGAGGGCACACAAUUUCCCCAAAACUUAGAACACCCCUUUAUACAACAGGUAUCCCCACAAAUUACUAUUCCCUGAUAGCCCCGAUCUGGGUGACCAACAUAUUCAAAUUGUACCCAGAUUGGUUCAGGAGUUCGCAAAAAGUAUGGAAGUCAUAAUUUACCGACCACACACGAGGCUCCUGCCCAAAACAGUUCCACGAAUUCGGCGUGUGCGGUCGGUCAAUUCAGAAAAUGUCAUAAAAACGAACAAAGUCACAAAUGGAUACUCCUGGCUCAUAGGAGCAAUUGCUCCCCUUGUUCGUGUGAAGCAAACUACCGAAUGGCGCUCUCCUGCCUGUUUGGCAACAAAAGGAAGUGGGCGUUCGUAUGUUUCAGCGGUGGUUCGGGAAGUCGAGUGUUUGAUUUUAGUUCCAGACACUCGACGACCAAGUCCCGCUGCCUCCUUUCGUGCAAACAAGAUGGCCGCCGUUUUAUGUUCCACGUGGCAUUUGGCUAUACGAACGGCGGCCACCCAGAGAGCGCUUAAUAGACGGUUCUCUUUGAAGGUAAUGAGCCAGGAGGGUGGUCGGUGUUCGGUAGUUUUAAAACUGCCGAACCAAUAAAUCCCAAAUCAACGAAAUGUUGCAGAAGGUCACGAACACUGAAGAAAAUGCCAAAACAAAGUUUAUUUUCUUCACAUACAUUAUCAUGGUCUUCAUUUCCUGUGAAAUUACAGCAUUUACCAAACAGAUCUGAUAAACCCAUGCAGUUACUUAAGGAUUACGGUGCUUGAGUGGUCGCUCUGCAUUUCUAAACCAAGACUCCCAAAUUACAUUUGCUUCGUAGCUUAUCAUAGAUAGGACACUGUCAUCUCAUUGUUCAUUUAUGGCAAAUUACAGGGAGAUGUAGGAGAUAGCUGAUCUAUUAAGCUCUGUAAAAGUAGUUGAUGGUUUGGAGGCUGACUAUUAUUUAUAUAGGUCACUCAGGACAUGUUCUACAAAGGCCUAUGGAAUUCCUGUUAAAGUAAAUUGAACUAUAUCAAUCUCUGGGAUGAAUGUAGCUGUCCACUGUUUAAGCGUGGUUUGUGGAGACAUUCCUUUUAGAAAUAUACAGAUAUUUUUACAAUUGUUUUCCAUACCAUGACCUCUUUCUCUCAAGGUGGGUGGUUCACAAUGCAUGUUAUCCUGCAUUUGUAUGUUCUCAUAAAAGCCAAGGCAAUCCAUGGAAUGUGACCUCUUUAUAACACUAAGCUAGUUUAGCUUAGUGUAUUUUAUGCUUUCUAAUGCUGUAAAUCAUUCUGGUGUUCUGAUUCAGCUUUUCCUUUAUCAAACAUAAGUUAACCUCUACUGCAGAGGGACCGAGGGGCUUUGGAUGCUGACCACAGCCCUUGGUUUUUGUCAAACCUUUCAGAAUGGGUUGACAGAUAACUAGGAAACUACAUUGGAAAGACUCAGUGCCUUAAUACUAAAUAAAAAUAUGUUGUUAUGGUGCAUUGAGUGUCUAUUUAAUUUAGUGCAUUGCUCACAGGGGAUAUAGAUACCUACCAGGACUUAAUUUUUUAGCACACUGUGUGUGUGUAUAUAAUGCCACUUCAUUCUCUCUAAAAACAGCUAACAACUGAACAAUGACACUACUUCAACAUAUAACAUUAUCAACCAUAAAAUGACCAUAAGGACUUGCAGCAAGUUUCUUGUUCUCUCUAUCCAGCCCCCCUUCCCCAAAUUAGUAUUUCAUAAAGAUAACAUUUUUAUGAAAUACACACAUUGGCCAUGUUGUGUUUUUAUGAUAUUGUGUAACUUUUAUGCUUCUGAGUAAUAUUUGGGGUGUUUAUUUUAUUUAUUCUUUUAUUUUCAGGGUGGUAAAAAGGGACACUCUUCCGUAGAAGAUGCCGAAGCAUGCAUGGAACUCUACAAAAUCGUAGAGGAUCAAUGGGAGCAGAACCUACAUCUGUACUCAAGACCCAGUUCACCCACAAAGCCUAUUGUCCUGGAUACUAACAGUUACAUGGAGGAUCAGUACUGGCCUCCAGAUCUAAAUGAAAACUAUAGAUAAAAUAGCCUGUUCUAGUUAAAGAGCAUUUUCUUUACAUGUUUACAUUCAUAUUGUGCAAUAUACACUUAUUUAUUCAUAGUGUUUAUAAUAUAUAAUAUGGCUUUCUAUGGAGUGACUUGAUCAUAAAGAAUUGUAUUCAGUGAGCCAUAUAUUAUCAUAAAUAAGCUGUAGCAAUUCUGUGGCAAGUUUAGUGUAGAAUAAUCCUAUUGCAAAUAUUUCUGUAGUGAUUGUUCCUGAUAUGAUGCCAAAGAAUUGCUCCAGUAUUCCUUAAACAGAUUCUACCUGUUGUAUCCUAACUCUUAUUAGAGAAUGACAUAUGCAUCCUUUUGGGAUGAACUGCUCACACCUUCUUGUUCCCUAACUUGUCUAGAUAUGUCUAGGAAUUGUUUAAAAUACCUAGACAGAGCUGUAAAUCCUAAUUUUGUGUUGCUAUAAGUAUUUAAGCGGUUUUAAGAGUAAGGUGCUCCUUUUCAGAAGGCUGCGGGAUCCAGAUUUAGGUUACUUUUGGACAAUUUUAUAUGGAAUAGGCUGCUUUAUAAUUAAGAAUAAACAGAGUACAAAAAAAGUAAAAACUGCUGUCUGAAAAACCAUCAAUGUAUGAUAUAUUAAUAUCGUUUAUGCAGUUUCUAAGCAGUGGAGAUAUUGUUGUGCAAUGUGUGAAUAGAUGUAAAAAAAUGCUCUUAUAGUGGAGAUAUGGAUAUUUUAGCAAUGCAAAUUAAGUGAAAUGCUAUAUAGGAAUCCAACACAUUUUAACAACUGUUGAAAGAACCAUAAUUAAAUGUAGUGGAGUGGGUCGCUUCCUAUUAACCUUACAGUCAGGUGUUGGUUGUGUCAUACAUAACUUUUCACUUUGAUGGGAAGGAAGUUGACAUUCACAUACUUGAAUCUAUUGAAUCCAACACAAUUUAACCUUGUGUUAAAAGACAUAACGUCUUGACUACGCUUUGUGAUUGCUGCUAUUGAUUUUUUUCCCACUAUUUGCACAUUAGUCUGUAACUGAGUAACUAUUGGCUAAUGACAAGAUCUUAAAUAUUAAAACCCCAUAUCUAUUUUGAAACUGUAAUGUGUAAUUUUUUUUUCUUUAAGAUAAGUAACAGUCUUAAGAAGACUAUACACAAUAAACACUUUGAUAUAAUUUUAGAGUUGC